CAUUUGUUCAUCGUUCAGGGAUUAAUCAAUGCAUGUUCGCAGCUCCCUGGUUUCUUAGCUUCUAGGCCCCCCCCCCCCUGAGUGAAUUAUCCGAUCAGCCACACCCCUCCGUCCACAUCAUCCCAGGCACAUCUCUCUUUCCUCCCUCACCAUGGCCGCCGAAUCAUCAUCCUCUGUACCUCCCCCCUCAUCGCAACAAUCUCCCCCUGUCUCCCAGGAUCCCCCGCCGUCGUCAAUAGACAGGCAGCCGCCAUCUGCCGCCGAAGCGACCGUGGUCCCGAAGCUCGAGCCCGAAAGCUCCCACUCCACCGCGCUGGACGCCUCCAUCGAGCAGGACAUCGACCUCAACCCAGCCAAAGCUCCAGCCAUGUCAAAUCACCCCGUCGCCACCAAUCCCGCCAACAGCGGCGAUCCAGAGAUAGGCAAUCCUGUGCAAGCCGUUGCGUUGGACUCGACAGCGCCGUCGAAGAAGGAGACCAGUCUCCGCGAGUUUCUUGGAAAGAUGGAUGAAUUUGCUCCUAUUAUCCCGGAUGCCGUCACCGCACACUACCUCACCCUCGCCGGCCUCCCGCCUCCAGGAAACGGGCCCAACCAGACCCCUCCGCACCUUGCGCGCCUCCUCGCGCUGGCGACCCAAAAGUUCAUCUCAGAUAUCGCAGCAGACUCGUACCAGUAUGCGCGCAUCCGGGCCUCCAAUAGCUCCUCCGCCAGCAACCCCAUGGGCAGUCUCAACGCCGCGUCCGGCUUGAAUAUGCCCACUGGCGCUGGUGGCGCUGGAUCAGCCGGUGCGGCGACCGGCGCGGCGGGCGGUGACGCAGCGAAGGGAAAGGCAAAUACACAUUUGGGUAUUCAGAGGCCCGGGUUUGGGGGCGGUGGGUCCGGCGGCUCAGGACAGGGACGAACAGUGCUGACCAUGGAGGAUUUGGGAAUGGCCGUUUCAGAGUAUGGGGUCAGCGUUAAGAGGGGGGAGUUUUACCGAUGAGUUUUCUGCGCUUCUUUGCUAGCGGUUAUUGGGAAUAGUUGGGUUGGGUAUGUCUCUAGGUAUUCUGGCUUCGUGGUGGUGUGGGUGUGUGUAUAAGAAUGCACCACCCCGGCUUCGACAGAUUCCCCUUCCCUCUCCACCCUUUUUUUUUUUUAUCUGUCUAUGGACUAUGGCGUCUUUAUUGGGAGAGAAGGGAUAUCCUGCGUUGGGCUAUAAAAUUAUUACAGUGCUAGAUUUGCAGUGGCGUUUAGGUGGUGAGAUAAGUUAGUUAGGAAACAUAUU